UGUUUGUUUACAUGUUAUAGUCGCAUCUCGCGACUUAUCUCCCGAACGUCUUUUCAUUGUUAUUUCGAACGUUUUGUCGCAGUGAUACACACACGGGGUAUUUGGAAAGCUCAUAAAUCAAAAUGAAGACGCUUAUUAUAUUACUUUUCGUAAUAAAAUUAAUUUCUGCAAAGCCGACAUCGAUUGUUUUGUGGCAUGGAAUGGGAGACACAUGCUGUGUAAGCUUCAGUCUAGGUGGUAUAAAACUAUUUUUAGAAAAAAAAAUUCCUGGUGUCUAUGUCAAUUCUCUAAGGAUUGGCAAUUCCACUGUAGAGGAUUUCGAGAAUGGGUACUUUAUGAAUCCAAACAAGCAGGUUGAUUAUGUGUGUGAGCAGUUAGCUUCGGACCCCGAACUGAAAGAUGGGUUCAAUGCCAUCGGCUUCUCUCAAGGAAGCCAGUUUCUGCGAGCAGUAGUCCAACGUUGCGGCCACAUUCUGCCUCCGAUUAAGAAUCUGAUAACUCUUGGAGGUCAGCACCAAGGAGUUUAUGGUCUCCCUCAUUGUGGAGCUCUCAUGUAUCCUACCUGCGACUACAUCAGACAACUACUCAACUACGCUGCUUACGACAGCUGGGUGCAAGACACUUUAGUCCAAGCGACAUACUGGCACGAUCCCUUAGACGAGGAAGCGUACAUAAACAAGAGCAUCUUCUUAGCUGAUAUCAACAAUGAAAUUCGAGUGAACAAGACGUAUAUAGAAAACCUCAAUAACUUGGAACAUCUCGUCUUGGUGAAGUUUGACAAUGAUACGAUCGUGCAACCGAGGGAAACGGAAUGGUUUGGAUUCUAUGAGCCAGGACAAGCUAAGAAAAUUGUGCCUUUAAAUGAGACCAGAAUUUAUUUGGAGGAUCGCCUAGGCUUCAAGAAAAUGCAGAAAGAAGGCAAGUUGGUACUGAUAUCAAUAGAAGGCGAUCACUUACGUUUCUCCGACACUUGGUUCGUCGAGACUAUCAUUAAGCCUUAUCUCCUUAAUUAGAGCUGAUCAACAAAGGUUAUAUACUCAGUGAUAGUCAAUAAUGAAUCUCAUUAACUCGAUCAUUUGUCCACACAGUUCUGUUAUGUAUUCAUUAAGAGUUUAAGUGCCUGAAUAACUUCAUAAGUGAACUUUUCUAGAACAGUCUGCUUCUUAUUGUAUGUAUUUUCAUUUAAUAAGACAUAUAAUAUGAAUAAUAUACCAAAGUGAAAAAAUAUUAUUUAA